AUGGCGCCGACACUGGACCCCGUGAUCAGCGGCAUCGACGCACAGGUCGCCGACGCGCCGCCCCCCGCGGCAGCCAACGGCGAGGCACAGACCAACGGCGGCCGCGCCGAGCCCGACGUCAAGGACGAGCCGGUAGAGAACCUGCGGCCGCUCAAGGUCCGCGUCAUCGGCGCUGGCUACUCGGGCAUCUGCGCCGCCAUCAGGAUACCGGAGAAGCUCCGGAACGUCGACCUGUGCGUGUACGAGAAGAACGAGGAAGUCGGCGGUGUCUGGUAUGUCAAUCGCUACCCGGGACUGGCCUGCGAUAUCCCAUCGCACUCUUACCAGUACUCCUUCUGCCCCAACCCCCGAUGGUCCGCCCUCUACGCCCCGGGCCCGGAGAUCCGGCGCUACCUCCAGGGCGUCGCGCAGAAGUUCGGCGCCAUGCGCUUCAUCAAGACGCAGCACAAGGUCGAGCGCUGCGACUGGGACGCCGCCGAGAAGAAGUGGAAAAUCCAAGUCAAGAACCUCCAGACCGGCGAGACGUUCGAGGACGACUGCCACAUCCUCGUCACGGCCAGGGGCCUGCUGCACGAGGUUGCGUGGCCGCAGAUCCCCGGCCUGAGGAGCUUUGGCGGCAAGAUCGUGCACUCGGCAGAGUGGGAUGAAGACUACGACUACUCGAACAAGAGGAUCGGCAUCAUCGGCAACGGCUCCAGCGGCAUCCAAAUCCUGCCCAAGAUGCAGAAGCUCCCCGGCGCAAAAGUGACCAACUUUAUGCGCUCCCCGACGUGGAUCUUUGCGCAGUUCGGCGACGCCGCGGCGGCAGAGGUCGGCCUCGAGCCUGGUGUUAUCGAAUUCAGCAAGGAGAAGCAGGAAGAGCUCGCCGCCGACCCGGAGGCCUACCUCAAGUUCCGCAAGGUCUUCGAGACGGGCGGCAACAUGAUCCACGACUCGACCAUCAUGGGCACCGAGAUGCAAAGGGGCGGCCAGGACUUCUUCACGGCCGAGAUGAGCAAGAAGCUCGCCGCCAAGCCCGAGCUGCUCAAGGCCAUCAUCCCGCGCUUCGCGCCCGGCUGCCGCCGCCCGACCCCCGGCGUGGGCUACCUCGAGGCCCUGUGCGCCGACAACGUCGACGUCGUGACCACGGGCAUCGCCGAGGUCAGCGCCGCGGGCGUGCGCCUCGCCGACGGCCGCGAGGUCGAGCUCGACGUGCUCGUCUGCGCCACGGGCUUCCGCGUCUCGGAGCCGCCGCCGUUCGAGGUCGUCGGCAAGGGCGGGCUGACGCUCAAGCAGCGCUGGCAGCCCUACAUGGAGAGCUACCUGUCCAUCAUGUGCGACGGCUUCCCCAACUACCUCAUGAUGUUCGGCCCCAACUCGGCCAUCGGCUUCGGCAGCCUGACCAAGAUCAUCGAGACCGAGUGCGACUACAUCGUCAAGGUCAUCCGCAAGAUGCAAAAGGACGACUACGCCACCAUCGAGCCCAAGCCCGAGCGCGUCGCCGACUUCAGCAAGUACGUCAAGGCCUACUUCAAGAACACCGUCUACAUGGACGACUGCUCCUCCUGGUACCGCUCCGACGGCGGCAGGGGAGACCGCGUCGUCGGCCUGUGGCCCGGCUCCACCCUGCACGCCAUCGAGGCCUUCCGCAGUCCCCGCUGGGAGGACUUCAACUAUGAGACUGUAGACCCUUCCAAGCACAGCAUGUACUGGCUAGGAAACGGCUGGAGUACCGUGCAGAAGAGUGGUGAUCCAUCGUGGUAUAUCAACCCGGAGGAGGUUGAGUGGCCGCUCGAGGGCCGGCCAGAGGAUGCGAAGCGGUACAAUGAUCGCCCUUGGUCGCACUAG